AAAAAUGCAACCUUCCAUCGAGUGUGCGUGUGUUAUUGAAGCUCUGGCGCGCUGAUCUCAUGCCAUCGUGCAGUGUGCCCAAUUUCAUGUGCCAGGGUUUGUUUCCAACUUUCUCCUUGCGCAUCGGGCUCAGCAUCUCCUAGGUGGCGACUUUCUGAAAGGCGACGGCACUGGAAGCUUUUCGAUAUACGGAGAUAAGUUUCCCGUCCGUGCAGUCUCUCUUCCCUCGUAAAUACGACCAAUGUCAUCACAGGAUGAGGGUUUCUCAGAGAAGCACGUUGGUCCGGGACUGCUAUCAAUGGCGCGUCCACCGCUCAUAUCCGACUGCUUUGCCACUAAUUAUGCAUGCAGGCCAAUUCGGGACCCAACACCAAUGGAUGCCAGGUAGCGGUGUCCCUCCUUUGCUCGUACCUUCCACCCUAAUAGCACGGCAGUUCUUCAUCACCACCGCCAAGUGCGACUUUCUCGACGGGAAGCACGUCGUAUUCGGCAAGGUGAUUGACGGCAUGCUUACC